AUGUCUGUCAGCUCGCGUAGAUUGUGCUGUUUCAUAUUUGCAUGCCUGCUUUCCUCUGCCGGAGGAGCAGGACAGGAGCAGGAGCAGGAGCAGGAGCAGGAGCAGGAGUGCUUCAGGGUUCUGUAUCCUCCACCGAAUCACGUCGUGACAUCGGAAGAGGCGGCAGGAGGCGUGGAGGUAGAGCUUCAAGUCAACUGCGAGGAGGGGAAGGGCAGCAGAGCGAGACUGCUACAAGUCUACGGAGCCACAGGCGACGGGAGGCCCGGGGAUCUCCUAUGGCAGCGCAGCAUUGACGAUCCUCUAGGGGAGAUCAUGGCGGUGAGAUGGAACAUCAUGCCGGAAGGAGGGAGCAGGGAGGGUUUUAGAGACUGGCACUGCUCAGGGUGGCGGCAGUGGAGAUGGACGGUGCAUCGAGAGGAGGGAGAGCCGGAGCACCAACUUGUGCGCAUGCGGGCUCCCCUCCUCGAGCAUGCCUUGGAACGAGUCGCCUCCGUUGCGGGGAGGGAGGGCAGGGUGCCGUUUGCCCUCCAGGUAGGAGCCAUGGACGGGGUAGAGCACGAUCACCUGUACCCCUUCCUGGCAGGGGGAGGGUGGGGGGGGCUGCUCGUAGAGCCUCUAAGGGACUACUUCCAUGCUCUCGUGCGGAACUACGGCAACGGGACCAGUGGCAGGGAGGAGGGAGGAGGGAGGCUCAAGUUCGCCAACAAGUGCAUCGCGGAGGAGGACGGCAGGAGCGUUAUGUACCGCCUGCCGCCGGGAGCAGUAAGUCCUGAGGUGAUGCACAAGUUCGGACUGGAUGGCAGCUCGUCCCUCCUUGCAGCACAAGGAGCUGAGGGUGAGUGCGCUGGUUGUGAAGGAGAGGAGGACCGACAGUUUGUCCCCAGGGAGAGCGUCAUUAACAGCAUCGUUGCUGAGGAGGAGCAUGCGAUCACGAGGAUAGACGUGCUGGCAGGUUAUGACCUCAAGAUAGCCAAACAGUUCUUCGAGAUCUCCCCGCAAGACUGCACAAGGCCUCAGGUCUUGUUCUUGGAGGUCGGAUUGCUCAGCCCGGAAGAUCAUGAAGAAGCCGUUGCCUUGCUGGAGGUUGAACCGGGAGAGGAGGAGGAGGAGGAGGAGCUGACGCCUGCACAGGGCAACGGGUAUCGUGCGAUGCACUGCGGCUAUGGGAUGGAACUCCUGGGGAUCUCGAACGGAAUCGACAGGGAGGACGAUGAGGCAUAG